AUGGUAGCUGCUACAACUGCGGGAAUGUUUCUUGUGUGUUUUGAGUCCCUCUGCCCCUGUUUUCGCUCAAAAAGGAAGGAUGGAAGCGAAGACCAUGUUCUUGCAGAACAUUCCAAUUCCUUGAAUUAUUCUGAAAUGAGGUCGAUUUCUGAUAGAAUUCCUGGAAGCCCACUUCGAGUACCUGCAAGUCCAUCUAGAUUUUCAUUGUCUUCUUCGCCACCAAGUAGAAACGAGCCUUUAAACCUCAGUCUUGAACAUGUUGUUAAACUGACAAAUAACUUCGCGCCGGCCUUGAUGAUUGGCGAAGGUUACUUUGGAAAGGCCUACAGAGCGACGCUGCGAGAUGGGCAUGUCGUAGCUAUUAAAAGGGCAAAGAAGGAAAAUUUUGUCUCUUUACGUGCUGAAUUCAGCAACGAAGUCGCAUUACUAAAAAAUAUUGAACAUAAGAACUUGGUCCGAUUGCUUGGUUAUAUUGACAAAGCCAAUGAACGGAUUCUCAUAACAGAGUACGUAUCAAAUGGCACUCUUAGGGAGCAUUUGGAUGGUCAACAUGGCCUAAUUUUGGGAUUUAAUCAGCGGCUUGAAAUUGCUAUAGAUGUUGCCCAUGGAUUGACUUAUCUGCAUCUCUAUGCAGAGAAGCCCAUAAUACACAGGGAUGUGAAGUCAUCAAACAUUCUGCUGACAGAAGGCUUCAUGGCCAAAGUGGCUGACUUUGGAUUUGCAAGAACUGGUCCUACCGAGCCAGGCCAGUCACAGAUUCAGACUGAUGUGAAAGGAACAGCAGGCUAUGUAGAUCCAGAGUAUCUGAGGACAAACUAUCUUACGAUCAAGAGCGAUGUUUUCUCUUAUGGUAUUUUGCUCCUAGAAAUCCUUUCAGGCCGUCGUCCUAUUGAGGCAAGGAGGGGUCCAACAGAAAGGAUUACAGUGAGAUGGGCCUUCAAUAAGUACCAAAGAGGCAAUGUUAGGGACAUACUGGAUCCAAUGUUAACUGAAGCAGUGAACGAGGAUAUACUGAACAAAAUCUUUGAUGUGGCGUUCCAGUGCGUCGCUCCUACCCGCGAAGACAGACCAUCCAUGAAAGAGGUUGUGGAGAGGCUGUGGAAGAUAAGAAGGGAUUAUGCAAAAAUACAAAGGAUAGCAGAAUUGACUCUCUGA